AUGGCCUGGAAAAGCAUCAGCGCGUCGCACUGGCAGCGCCCGCUCGGCGAGAACGAGCGCAUGAUCAAGUGGAUCGGCGACCGUGCUCUGCCUGCCGGCCGCGAACACUGGUCCGUCACCGCCGUGGGCACCUUCGCUGUAUCGUCCGGAUCCGAGCCCCUAGCGUCGGCGGAUCUGGCAUCGCGGCUGCGACGGGCCUGGGCGCUCCUGCGCUUCCAGCAUCCCAGCAUCGCCGCCGUGGCCGGCCCCGACACGCUCGACUACUUUGUCCCAGACGCCGCCGCUCUCGCCCAGUGGGCCGACGAGACGCUCACCGUCCUCGCCACCGACACGAGCGCCAGCGACGUCAUCGCACGCCUCCAGCCGUCGCCGUACGCAACGGGCUUCUUCCUGCCCCGCACCAGCCAGUUCGUGCUGCACACGUCGCACUGGCGCACCGACGGCUACGGCAUCCUGCACCUGCUCGACGCCUUCUUCGGCGCCGUGGCGAGCGACACCGACACCACCAUCCUCGCCUGGGGCGACGAAACUGCCCGCCUGGCCCCCAGCAUCGAACAUGUGCUGCGCCUGCCAGCGCAGCCCACCGCCGCCGUCACGGCCGAGACGGCCGCGUGCCUCGCCACGGGCCGGCACAUUGCCAACUCGGUCGGCCUGCCCCCCAAGGCCACCGCCACGGCUGACACAAGACCCAGCGGCACGCGCAGCGUCCGGCACAGCAUCCCCGCGGACGCGACAUCUGCGCUCCUCGCCGCGUGCCGCGCGCACGACAUCCUGCCGCUCGCCGCCGCACACGCCGCGCUGGCCGCCGCCAACCUCGCCACCAGCCCAGACGGCACGCACUACACGAGCACGAUGCGUUUCAGCCUGCGGGCGCACCUGCCGCCGCCAUACGACGGCGCCGCGGGCGCUGCCGGCCUGUACACGGGCGGGUACAUGGCGCGCGCGGACCGCGGGGAGCCGUGGGCCGCGCACGCGGCCAUGUAUGACGGGCUGUACCGCGCGGGUGUGAGCGACGGGUUCGUGCAAGCGCGCAGGGAGUAUGCGGUCCAGGCGCUGCGCGUGGUUUCCCAGGGUGCGGGGCUGCUGCGGAGCGAGGUUGAUAUGUCGAGUGUGGAGGAUGUGGACGGGAUUGUGGAGAUGAGGCAUGGUACUGGGGUGGGGACUGGGACGGGGACUGGGGGCGUGUGUGUUGAGGUGAGGGAUGUCAGUCUUGGGGUUGAGUGCCUGGCGAGGGAGGCGUAUUUGUUCUACUGGAUUUUCAGGGGGAAGAUGGAAUUUGAUUUGGUGUAUAACGAGGCGUUUUAUGAGGGCUUGUUUAUGGAGGGGUUUUUGGAUGUGCUGGUGGGGGAGUUGAAGAAGGGAUUGGGUGUGGAGUGA